CAAUCUGAGGUGGGUGGGCGUGAGGCGGGAGUUAAUGGGCAGGGGCCAACAAGGCACAACUACCGCUAACAGGCGAUUCUCUAGCAGCAAAUUUGAGGUGACCAUUGGUCGUCGCAUUGGUCUCUACAGAUUCUGUGGCGACAUCGGUCGCGGCAACUUCUCAAAAGUCAAAUUGGCUGUGCAUCAGCUAACGCGUGACAAAGUGGCCAUUAAGGUGGUGGAUCUGGAUCGUGCUGGACUCGAUGCCAAGGCGCUGCGCAUGCUCUCCAGCGAGAUAGCCACACUCGAGUGUGUUCAUCAUCCAAAUAUAUUGAGGCUCUUUGAGGUGGUGGAGACCUUGGGCCGUGUCUAUUUGGUCACCGAGUGGAUACGCGGCGGUGAGCUGUACAAUCACAUCACCCAAGGCGGUCCACUGAGGGAGAUACACGCGGCGCCGCUCUUCAAGCAGCUGCUGCUGGCUGUCAAGCAUAUGCACAGUCUUGGCUAUGUGCAUCGCGAUAUUAAGGCGGAGAAUGUGCUGCUGCUGUCCGAGGAUCGCCUCAAGCUGGCCGACUUUGGUUUCAGCACACAACUCAUCAAUGGUGCCAAUCAAAAGCUGGAUACAUUUUGUGGCUCACCGCCCUAUGCCGCGCCCGAGCUCUUCUCCGAUGAUCAUUACAUAGGCGCACCCGUGGAUGUCUGGGCCUUGGGCAUUCUGCUGUACUUUAUGGUCGUUGGAAACAUGCCUUUCCGGGCACCCACCAUACCCGGCCUCAAGUCAGCUAUACUUAAGGGCGAUUAUCUGCUGCCGGGACAACUCAGUUUGCCAUGCAUAAGACUAAUACAGCGCGUUCUGAUACACAUACCCGCCCAGCGGCCCACCAUCGAUGACAUGCUGAACAGUCAGUUUGUGACGUGCCCCAAACUCAGCGCCGAUCUCAUGCAGUACGAGAUUAAUUUGCACAGCAAACCCGUCAAGCGUUCCAUCUUUUGGGUGCGCACCAAGUCGCAUCGCUUGAGGAAGUCCGCCUCGUUGCGCGAUCGCUACGCGGAGGUGGUCAAGAAGCCGGCCAUCAGCAUGAACACGCGACAGCAGGACGAAAUGUUUGUGCAGAACUUCCUGCAGCCCAUUGAGCUGGGGCAUGAGCUGCUGCUGCAGCCACCAAACCAUCUGAAGGAAGCCACCGCGGAGCCUGUGAAACGCCCCGCCAGGCGUUAUCUGCUCUGCGGCACGCUCAAGAAAAAGGUCACGCCCAUGGAAACGGAGCCCGAGAAGCAGCUCUCGACAGCAGCUAAGAUAAAUCCCUGGAACGUGGAGGUGGCCGAGGAUUGUCCGCUGUUCAAGAACUACGACGCGGAGACGGGCAGCUGUGUGAUGCUGCCCACAGCCACCGAAGAUCUCAGCCAGUUGGGCGCCCUCGAGUUCGAGGCACGCCAGCUGCUGUCCGAGCUGGGACUCUCCUCCGAGAUGCUGCUCAAUGCGCGACAGAGUGGCCCGCGCUCGGACAUCAUUGGCGCCUAUCGCAUUGUGGUGAAUCGACUGCAAAAACAAUCCUGGCUGGCGCGCAAGCACGUGGAAAUGGCGCUGCACAGUGAGCCCAAGGUGGAGAAGCGCAUCGAACGCUCCUGCUGCAUACUCUAAAGGGGGUUUUCUGCUGGAAAAACCUGUUGAAUGUUUAUAAAUUACUCAAAUGGUUCUGGGGAGAGCUGGAGAAGGUUUCCUUAACCCCUGUGGGUAGUAGAACUUGACUUUUCAUAGCAUACUUAGUGGGGCAGCAGAGGAAUUUUUGUGAAAAGAAAGGCAUAAAUGUUCCAUAAUUAAUUUGUUUUUAUAGAAAAGAUUGCUCAAAAUUUCACGCACUUUCGAGUAUCAAUUGGCGUGAAGAAACCACUAAGAAAUAGCAA